AUGGGCUCCGCGUCGCCGCCGCCUCCGCCGCCGCCGAGCGCCUCGGGGGCCCCCGGGGGCCCCGCGGGGGCCCCCCGGAAGGGGCUGCGGGGCCGCUGCUGGGGGGCCCCCUGGAAGGGGCUGCGGGGCGGCUGCUGGGGGGCCCCCGGGGAGGGGGGCCCCCGGCGGGGGCCCCUGCUGCGGGAGCUGCUGGCGCCGUUUAUGGCUGCGCGGAAGGCGGAGGCGGUGCUGCUGGGGGCGGGGGCCCUCAUGGGGGCCCUCUCGGGGCUGCUGCUGCCGUACUUUUUCGUGUCCAUGGGGGCCACAAUAGACAACUUGAGCAGCGGGGUGGCAGUGGGGGGCCCCGUGAAGCAAAUGGCCGUGGCGGGGGCCCUGAACUUGCUGCUGCAGGGGGUGUCUUGCUGCUGCUUCGAAGCAGCAGCAGACCGGCUGGCGGCGCGGCGGCGCAGCAGCUUCGUUGCUGCUGUGCUGCAGCAGCAACUCAGCUGGUUCGACCGCCAAGACGCGGGCUCUUUGGCAGCAAAACUCGACAGCAGUUUGGCCGACUUGCGCGAGGGGAUCGGCCUCAAGUUCGUGGCGAUCCCGUACAACUUGCUGCUGGUUGUGGGGUCUCUUGCUGCAGCACUAGUGACUUCUUGGGAAGUGACUCUGUGUGCUGCAGCAGGUUUGCUGCCAGCAGUGGCUUUCGGGGCGCUGCUGGCUGCUGCGCUGCGCCGCGCUGCUGCUGCUGCUGCUGCUGCGCUCGAAGCUGCGGGCGCUGUUGCUGCAGAGGCCCUGGGGGCCCCCCGCACUGUUGCUGCCUUCGGCCAAGAGGGGGCCUCCAAGGCCCGCUACCAGCAGCACAUAGCAGCAGCAGAAGCUGCUGCUGCUCGCGGGGGCCUCUUCUCUGGCCUUGGCAUGGCGGGCCUCAUAUCUUCGGUCUUCGCCAUUGGGGGCAUUAAGGGAUACAGGGGGGCGCACUUAGAGGGGUAUAAAGGGGAGCAAAGGGGGGUCCAGGGGGGGCUUAAAGGGUCACAAAAGGGGCCCCCAGGAAGUGCAAGAGGGGCCCUGAAGGAGGCCCAAGGAGUUCUACAGGGGCCCCAAAGGGGUUCUAGAGGGGCCCCAAAGGGGCCCCAAAAGGGUACAGAGAAAGUUCCAAAAGGGGAGGCAAAGGGGCCCCGAAGGGGCCCCGAAGGCGUGUUGAAAGGGGCCCCUGGAAAUAAUGUUUUGCUGCUGCUGCGUUUGUUGGCUGCUGCAGAGACAUAA